UUUUGUGCGGUCGUUCGUUCGCGGUUCUACUGUUCGACAUUCGACAAGUAAGAUGGCGGCUAUUAAUGUGAAAGGCGAAACGUUGUCGUAUUUCUACUUGUAAAUAAAGUAUUCGCUUCCAUGAAACAACAGUGUAGUUAAAACUAAGAAACGAAGAUUAGUUGCAAAGUGUAUAUUACUUGGUGAUCGGUUAUAUGUAAUUCAUAACCGAGUUUAAGUGGUUUUUAAUUUCACAAUAGACAAAACCCGUCGCAAGAGAACCCGAAGAAUCGUCGAGGCCAUAUUUAUGAUGUUAUCUGUCGUGUGAGCGUCCUCUGAAACCACAUUGAUAAAUGGUUAUUGAAAACUAAUGCGAUGGGGUGUUAUCUGGACGAAGAAUAAUUAAGUUAUUCAGUAUGACUACAAGUGCUCCAAUUUAGUGGUAGUAAAUAUAUGAUUUGUGUGCAUUGCAAACUAUGGAUGACAGUGUGGACUACUAUUGAUAAAUUACAUACAUUGACACUACACAAAGCAUCACGGAGGUGGUAAUGGAUCCAGUAGGACCAUGGUCAGCAUAUGCUUCGUACAAUCGACUGGCAGGGGUACAAGCUGGUGCUGCGAGUGGGGACUUUCAUCACCAUCUGGCAAGUGGUGGUACUGGAUUGGGCAGCCAGCCUGUGCCAUCAACGACAAGUCAACUGCUCCUUCAGGCGGCGCACACCACCGCAUCACUAGCAGGCCAACUAGGUUCUACAACUGCAUCUCCAUUUAAUCCUGGUGGAUUUCUCUCACCCCCGCCUGUGGGAUAUGAUGCAGUAUUCUCACCAUUGUUCCAUCAUGCAAACCCAAAACCUGCACAUUAUAGUUCGUCCCUGCAGGCACAACAUCGCCAAGUGAUAGCACAGGCGCAAGCUGCAGUUGCAUCAAAACAGUCCUCAGUGGAAACUGAAAUUUCUUCAUUGAGGGAAAACUAUUCGCACCAGGCGCUAGCUACGCAAGGAACCUCAUUUUUUGAUCAAUCUUCAACCCCAGGCAGCACAGCAGGAUUAAGUUGGCAAGGAAAUAAUCAGCUCCCUAGUCCAUUUGGAAUUCUACCUCAUGAAAGUGUUGUACCCUCUUCUCCGAGUCCAGCUACAACAAAAGCAUCAGCAACAUAUGAAAACUUUAAUGCUCACUUUGCUGCUGCACAAACUCUCAAUAAUCACAUCAACGCACAAAUUUCCAGCGCCGGUAAACAAAGCAAUAGGUCGGGCUCACCGGCAACAGCGUCCAAACAACCAGCCUCUUCUACAACAUCGUCAUCAUUUUUUCAAUCUCCUUCAUCUUUUGGCAACCAGGCUGAUAAUUCGUACAGUACAAGUAGUGCAAAGAGUGGUCAACUAUCAUCACAGCAGGAUUAUGCUGGAAGUAAGUCAUAUUCAAGUUCUGCAAGUAACCCCUCCCAACAAUCUUGUAUUGUGUCAACUCCAUCAGUGACAUCCUCCCCCACCCCUCCCAGCAAAGACUACCGUUCAUCCUCUACCACCUCCACAAGACCUUCUGCAUCAAUCUACAGUUCCCAGUCACCUAAAACUGUUAGCAUUGAAAAAUCAACUCCCAGUAAUACUAGUGGGUUUGUUUCUCCCACAUCUAAAGCACCACAAAUACAGACUAAGGCUCAAAGUAAAAUUUACCCAGAGUUAGGUAGUGAACCGCGAAAAAGUUGUGACUCUAUUGAUAAACUCCAACCUCAGUCUUCCCCUAUAAGUUACUCUAUAAUGGAUGCCCCAGGCAGGAUGAAUUACAGUGGAAGUGGCUCUUCCAAACCAAACAGAAUUGGUAACUCUCAGUAUGCAUCUUCUCAAACUUCAAGCUUUAGGCAUUACCAAAGUGGUAACAAUGUGGACUCUGAAUAUCAUGUUCGUGCAAAAAGCAGCUCUAGUACAGACACUGGAUAUUCUAGUAGUAGUUCUCAAAAUGGUCCAGACUGUAGUGUGGUUGUUGCGCGAAGACAAAGCCCCUUGCAAACUGCCCCACAAACUUCUCCAUUAGGACAUGGUUCUAGUCCUGCAUAUCCCAUGUAUCAUAGUCCUAUGACCUCCACAAACUCGCCACAACAACAUGGAGAUCACUACAGCAAAGUAAAUAAUGCUGCACCAAGAUCACCAUUAGAUGCUUCUGUUUCUAGGCCACCUUCACAGAACAGUCAAGUGGCCUACCCCUCUGUUAUUACUAGAGCUUUAGGUAUUGAACAAAGUAAGUCAUAUAACGAAAAUAGGUAUGAGCGUAGUCAGAGUCACACCAACCAAAGUUGUUGGGAGACUGAUCGACAGUCUGCCAGAAAAUUUAGUAGUAAUGGAAAUAGUAACAGUAACAGCUCUAGUAAUUAUAACAAUGGCUUACCUGAAAAUACUCACAAUGACAAAACAACAUCUCAAAACUCAAAUGACAGAACUUUAUCUGAUAAACAGCAAUAUAUUGAUGGGAAUAAUGUAGCUUUACAAGAUCUAUCCAGUUGUCGUGGAGAUCCAAUGAGUAUUGUCAAGAAUCUACAGACCUUACAACAAAGUUGCCAAUUGCAAGAUGUUAAGCAAUCUAAAAUCCCUACCCCUGCGCCAGUCACGCCGGUACCAACCACGCCUGUACCAACCCCACCUGCGCCAGCCAAAACGGUAGCCAGACGUAAAAGUACUGAGAAAACAUCUCACAAUAAUAUCAAUGAACUUUCUAAUGCUGCUGUGAUGGCUGAUUAUUUGGCUAAUAGAAUUCCACCUCCAGCUCAUAGUUCAACUAGUAAUCAACAACAAAAUGGGUAUUUUGAUUUCGAACGCUGGAAUCUUCCACCCCCGCCCCCAAAAAUGUUUUCUGGCACAUCUGCCUUUGGCUCUCAGGCCCCUUUACAUGCAACAAGUUUUGCUAAUCAACAUCAAGCUCUAGCAAUGCAGCAUGGUCAUGCGCUCACGUAUUUCCCACCUUUCCACCUCGGUCCUCAUCCUGACUUUCAGUCUUCUGUGGAGUUAACACCGUUAUCAUCAUUCAGCGAUACUCCACCUUCGGCUUCCUCGUCAUCUUUUUCGACGCCAGAAACUCGUGAAGAGGAACAGCCAAAGGUGGUAGUGCCCAAUAUAGAAGAAGAACUUGGUUUCCUUGCAGAACAACGCGCUAAUACUGCAUCAACGGUAGCACCCACUUCUCAGCAGCCGAACAUUAACAGUACUUCGCAAGAUUCAAAAAUUAUGGAUAAAAAGUUCAAUGUUCCCGUCACGGGCCCCGGUUCAGGCUUCAUGGCUUCUUAUUUAAAGUUCUUACAAGGCGAGCGCGAUACUUCUCCUCCGCCGGCCGGCAGAGGCGCCAGAAAGUCGACUUGGUCGCGAACCAAUACGAACAGUAACACCAACAGCAAGGCCUACCCUAACGAUCACAAGAGCCCUUGCGAGGCCAACAGCGCCAACGGGGCGAUGGCGCCCAGCGGCGCACUGGGCGCAGGCAUGGCGCUGAGCAACCCUGGGAUGAGCUCCGCACCCGGCAUGAGCGCGCCGGGCUUGCUGGGCGCCGGACAGUUGCACGCGCCGGCGCACCUCCUCGGCUCGCAGGCGAAGGGCGCGGAGCUAGAGGACCCGCGCUAUUACAACCUCAACAAAGACCGGAAACGAAAGUACGACGGGUCGGAGGAGGCCGCGUACGACGCGGACGAGGAGGCCCGGCGGCUCAACAAGCCCGUGCUCAACGUGCCCAGCACGCCGCUGAGCGACAAAGGUAAGAAGGGGCGGGCGCCGGCGCCCAGCAAGCCGCCGGCGGCCGCCGUGGCGCCCCUGCCCGCCGCGCCCAAGAAACCGCGCGCGCCGCCGCCUCCGGCGCCGCUGCAGGUCGCGCCGCAGCAGCAGUACUAUUACCAGCACCAGCCCGAGGAAGUGUCUGCACACGCAGCGGGAUUAGGUUACGGUGUGUAUGGGUCCACAGAAAACGAAGCCACUUCAAACAGAAAAUUGCACCAUAUAAAAUCGCAUCAGCAUGUUUCGAGAUCUGGGCAAAUUGAUAAUAAUUUGCCUGUUGAAGAAAUGCCCUACCAGUCUGGAGAGUUUGUCGCAAUAAAAACCGACUUAAACGAGAUGUGGCCGGCGAUAUGGAGAGUGGACGGCAAGGCGUUGCUGCAAAAGUACGAGCCCUUUGAAGAAAAUGGAAAAGUAUUGUAUAGAAAUAUAUCAACGUAUGCAGCGUGGAAUCCUGAAAAUAAAAAACUUUACACUCAAGUUCCUGUUAAGGUCCGCUCACAAUCUCACUUAGAAACAAUAGUCGAAUUAGUAAGAAGUGAACUCCCACUCGACGACUGUAACUUUAUAGAGAAGAGAAUGUUAGAAACUCAGAUGUAUCAAGAAAAUUUCGAAGUGUACAUUCAAACAUUAAUAUCGCACGCACUGGAUCCAAAUUUCUUGACAGAAAUAUUUCAAGAACAAGACGAAUACUUCCUCUCGAACGUGAAGACGGUCGACGAGGUGACGGAAACGAUGCGUUCGCGCGUAUCGUCGGGCGGGGGAGGUGGCGGGGCGCGGGCGUUGGACGCUGCGUUGGGCACGUGGCCUGGCCUCAGCGUGGCCGCGGGCUCGGGAGUGUGUCGCGCGUGCUCGCGGCCAGCCGUGGCCCGGCUACUGCUAUACGGGCAGCCGUACAACCCCGGUACGCUCGAGCCUGUACAGCCUGACGCAAGACUGGCCUAUGAGAAGGAGUUUCUCGUGUGUGCAACGUGUUGCGGGCGCGUGCAGUUAUACUCGCGGAUAUCGCACCAAAAGUAUUUAAUGUACGCUGAGUGCAGUAAGCGGGUCGCCGAGAAACGAAUGCAGAACCCUAGUAAAGACACAACCGUCAUUCUUAACGAAUUAUUAGCGGACGAAGUUUGGUUGUCUCAGCUGUUCCGCGACGUGAGGCACGGCUGGGCCGACGCGGAGGCCUGGGAGCGCAAGGUGCGCCACUCCAUGUCCCGCCAGAUGAUUUAACGUUCACCACACUAUCAGUUAGCGGAUUAGCGGCCGGGCUACGGACGCCCCCACGGACUCGUUCACCUUUCGUUUUUUAUACCUGUGAAAUAUGUGCUGUAUGUAUGUAAUUUUUUGAAAAUAUUUUUAAAAGUUAUACAUUUUAAGCAUUUAAUAUUUUCUAUUCGAAGUGGACGUAUCUACUGUAGUUAAUGAUUAUAUUAUAAACAGAUGAACAUCACGUAUUUAUAGUUUUCCUUUUUUUAAUUUAAAUUGUCGAAUUAUUCUUGGCUGUUACUUAGUAUCAGUUGUGUUCUUUGUUACUCAGUAUCAGUUGGGUUCUUUGAGCAUUCAAUCUGUAGGAAAUGCCUUCAGUUCACUUAUUUUCUGUAAGUAGUGUGUAUAGGAUUUUUAGAAAAGAAAAGCUACAUUUAUAAGCAUACGUUUUAGAAAUCUCCCGCAUUCUCGAACGAAGAAUUAAAUUAUGCUCCAGAUGCGGGAUUUAUGUCAGGCUUUAUAGAGAUCGCACUUAAGCGGAUUUCCUGUAUAUAUCAAAGGGUAUAUGCAAUAGAACAAAUUCAUGACAAAGCCCAAUCCGGCCGCUGAAAAAAAGUUGAAAGUUGAUAAAAUAAAAUAGUUUUAAUGAUAGUCAUUCGUUAGUAGGUCUAACCUAUACUAAGAUUUUACAUGCUAAAGUGUGGUUUGCUUGUUGCAACCAGUAGACUUGAUAUUGAACGGAGAAUAACAUAGGCUACUUUUGUCCUGGAAAUCCUCAAAUUCCUAAGGAUUUACAGGAUCGUUCGUUUUUUUACAUCAAAUAUCAUAAUUCCUGAGGGCACUAGCAAAGCAACUCAAUUACUUAUUCACCGCGGGUAACACCACGGGGCGUAGCUAGUUAACAAUAAAAAUAUAUUUAUAUCGUGUAGCAACGCCACUUCAAAGUUAUAUCGUCCAUUCAAGAACCUGUCAGGAAUGCAUUCUUUCAACGGCCUUAAACUUAAAGUGCUUAUUUGAGUCGACUUAAUGCAGUGCAAUUCUGCUGUACAUUCGAGAAACUAGAUUGACAUGUCUCUAAACAAAACUGAAUGUACAUGACUAAAAAUAGUGCUAUCCUUUUCUAAGCGACACAGUGUGAAACAGACAGCACUUUUAGAUUCGUCAAUUUAGUGUAGUUCAGAGAUUUGUGUGCUCUUGUGAUCCUGAAUAACGGUGCCGUCUAACAAUACCUUUUUUUUUUGUUAUCGGGGGGAAAUCUUCAAAGAUACCCGACCUCAGGGAAGAUCGGAUUAUGUGGGAUUUCCACCCACUAAAACCCCCUCAGUGGCCAUCCUCGGCACAUAUUUGGGAGGCUCCGGGAUCUCCUAAGAACGCACCGGUGCCUCCCUCGUACAGGAGAAAAUAUUCGGUUGUUCGAUCUAAAAAUACCUAAUUAAAGUUAAUGGCGUGAUAACUUACAGGCUUCGGCUUCCUUUUCGGGGGAACCGAGCAU